AAAACUUUGAGAACAAUUUUUCCUCGAAAUUACAUUGAAAAUGAAUGCAACUGACUGACUCGACAAUAAAACGUCCAUAAGCAUGAAACAUCACAAACUGCUUCACUGUUUUCCAUUAAAGCGCCUAACAGGCUGCGGUGAUCAACCUAAGCUGCGCCGUCACGUGGUGAGAGUCCGCGCACGCGCCUGUGUCCUGACAGGUGAGCGCGCGCAGCUGCCUGGUCGCUCUCGGCGCUCUGACGGAUGGGGUCGGUUUGACGCGGACUCAGGGCUGAAGGUGUUUGUGGAAAAACAGGAAGAAAUUCGGCGUUUUGUUUUGUUUUUGUCUGCCAUGAGAGGUGAACAGACUGAAAAUGGAGAAAACUCGACGAACUCGCAGAGCGAAAUGCUGAUCAACCAGCUGAGGGAGAUCACUGGCAUCCAGGACCCGCAGAUCCUCUACAGAGCCUUGAAUGCCAGUCAGGGGGACGUUGGACAUGCGGUCGGACUGCUGACAACCCAGCCUGCGGAGGUUCAGGAUCCUGGACAACCACAGGAAUCUGGGACCUCUGGAGAGGCCCGUGAGAGCCAGACAGGACUUCCUAAGGAUGAACUGCAGACCGCAAUUGAACUCAGCCUGCAGGAGUCCCACAACGCCCAGGAGGAGGAGAGAGAGUUCAACAGGGCUCUGGAGGCCAGUGCAGAGGAGAACGCAGCGAGAAUGAAGAGGAGGAGGUGUGAAGCCCAGAGUGAGAUGUGCAGCCCUGCCGACUGGAUCCGACAGGACGACUGGCCCGUGGGCAUUCGCAACGUUGGAAACACCUGCUGGUUCAGCGCCGUCAUCCAGUCACUGUUCCACCUGCCUGUGUUCAGGAGGCUGGUCCUCAACUACCAUCUGUCUGAGCGAGUACUGGACAAGUGCAAGAGCCAUUCUGACAAGAGGAACAUCGCUUUCAUGCAGGAGCUGCGCUGUCUGUUUGCCCUCAUGGUGGGCUCCACUCGCAGGUUUGUGGAUCCUUCAGCUGCAGUGGAGCUACUGCGAGACGCCUUCAGGACCAACGAGGCCCAACAGGAUGUCAGUGAGUUUUCCCACAAACUGCUUGAUUGGCUGGAGGAUGCAUUUCAGCUGGCUGCCAAUGGAGAUAAUGCAGAAGACAAACAGCAGAACCCCAUGGUGCAGCUUUUCUACGGUACCUUUGUGACAGAAAGAAGACACGAGGGUAAGACUUCCUGUAACAUCGAGCAGUUCGGCCAGUACCCCCUGCAAGUCAACGGCUUCAACAACCUGGACGAAUGCCUGGAAGGUGCCAUGGUUGAGAAGGAGAUCGAGUCGUUACAUUCAGAUCACAGCAUCACGUCUGGCCGUGAGAGAUGGUUCAAAAAGUUACCACCAGUUUUGACAUUUGAACUGUCUAGAUUUGAGUUCAACACCCAACUCGGCCGGCCAGAAAAGAUACACAAGAAACUGGAGUUCCCACAGAUCAUUUAUAUGGACAGAUAUCUGCACAGAAACUUGCAGCAGACCCAUGAGAGGAGAGGAGAAGUGAAAAAACUCAAGGAGCAACUUGCAACCCUUCAACAGAAACUGGAGUGCUACAAAAACUAUGGCUCAGGCCCCACCAAGUAUCCUCUGGCUGACAUGCUGCAGUUUGUGCUGGAGUUCGCUACCACUAAGCCUACAAGCGUUUCCCCUGCCGAAGAUCUGAGACUGACCUCAUCUUCCCCGACUCCUACAAGCCACCCCCUCAGCGAGCCCAGCUCCAGAGACAGCAGUGAACCUGGAGACUCAGAUUCAUCAGAGGGCCUGGUUUCCAGUGUUUCUAGUUGCCAGCGGACACCCAUAUACAAGCCCUUCACCCAGUGCAGACCCCCGACUGACUGCCCACCACACCCAGCCCCGCACAGCAUCACCGAAGAAGAGCUGCACUUUGUUAAGACGUGCCUGCAGCGCUGGAGGACCGAAGUGGAGAAUGACAUAAAUGAGCUAAAGGCCAGCAUUGAGAGGCUCACUCAGACGCUGGAGGGCAUGUACUCAGACAACAGCCUCUGUCAGGUACCCUAUAGGCUCCAUGCAGUGCUGGUCCAUGAAGGCCAGGCCUCUGCAGGUCAUUACUGGGCCUACAUCUAUGACCAUGCCAACCAGCGCUGGAUGAAGUAUAAUGACAUAAGCAUCACCGAGUCAUCGUGGGACGAGCUGGAGCGAGACUCAUUUGGGGGCAUGACCAAUGCCAGCGCCUACUGCCUGAUGUACAUUGAUGACAGGAUGCCCCACCUUAUUACGGACGACACAGAUGAUGAGACCGGCCAGGUCCUGCAAGGCAUGGACUCCCUGCCACCCGUCCUCAGACGCUAUGUCCAUGAAGACAACCGCUGGUUCCAGCAGGAGCUCAGCGAAUGGGAGGAACAGUUCUGCCAGACUGCAGCCCCACAGGGAGAGUCCACAGCCUCUGCUGAGCCCCCAAACCCAAGUCCAGAUGAUAUACAUCAAACGCCAGUUGAGCUAGCGCCCCAGUCAGGACUGCCCACUGAAGAGCCUGAGCAGGCAGCUUCUUCAGAGCCACAACCAGACCCAGAGGCAGGGAAGGAUUCAGAGCUUGAUCCCAGAGAGAAGCCUGGAGAAGAAUCGGAGUCAACACCAGCAGCAGCACCACCACCUCAGGGCUCCGGCUGCCAGCCAGACGAGAGCAGCAGAGCAGAAGUCAGUGACACUCUGGUGCCCAGCCAGAGCGCCACCUCAGCUGAGAAGGAGCUCCAGAGUCAGACUGUCUGCCCUGAAGCAGAGCUCGGUACCCAGACACCUUCUGACCUCCAUGAUGAGAAGGACGGCGUGGAGGCGGCAGGCCUCGGUCCUCAGGCUGAAGGCGAGCCAGAGGCUUCAGGAGAAGCUCCUGAGAGCGAAGCACUGCGGGAGGAUGAGGAGGUGCGGCAGGAGGUCCCGCCGAGACAACGAAGACAGACUGAGAACGAGGUCUCAGAAGUGGAGAUCCCGAACGUGGGCAGGAUCACAGUGAGAGCUGAUGCUGAUGGAUACAAUGAAGAGAUGAUGCUGACCCCAGCCAUGCAGGGCGUCAUUCUAGCCAUAGCCAAGGCCAGACAAACCUUCGACAAGGACGGCCCCGAGGCAGGACUCAUCAAGGCCUUCCACGAGGAGUAUUCCCGCCUGUAUGAGCUCUCCCAGGAGGAGACCACACCCCAGGAGGACCCCCGUCUGCAGCACGCGCUGGUCUACUUCUUCCAGAACAACGCACCCAAGCGCAUUAUCGAGAGGACGCUGCUGGAGCAGUUCACUGACCGCAACCUGAGCUUCGAUGAGAGGGCCAUCAGUAUCAUGAGGGAGGCUCGGUCCAAGCUACGCCUCAUCAAGCCAGAUGACAUGGAUAUGGAUGAGUACUUGCAGUGGCACGAUGACUACCGGCUCUUCAGGACGGUGUUUGUCUACCUGCUGACCGGCCUCGAACACUACCAGCAUGGGAAGCUGCGGGAGGCGCUGACCUACCUGGCUCAUGCGUACGAGACCAACGCCACCCUGCUGAGGAACGGGGAGAAACGUGGCGUGGACAAGUCAAUUAUUGCAGUUUACAGGAGGAAAUGCCUCACUGCACUGAAUGAAAGGGCAUCGCGGCUGUUCUGCAGCGGUGAGGAGACCAGUGUGGAAGAGGGCGUCGCCAUCAUGGAUGAGGCCGUCAUCCCCUGCCUUCACCUGAUGAGCCGGAACUCGGCUUUAACCCAGGAAGACCGGGACACCAUGGAGAGCAUCCGCAGCCACUGGUGCUGCUGCCUGGGCCAGGACAUGGAUGACUCACUGCAGGUGAAGCUCGGUGAGUUUCUUCCCCGGGUUCUGGAUGGUUCAGCUGACACAGUGGUUCUUAAAGACCCACCCAAAGUCCAUGUCAACCAGGCCCACGACCUGUGCAGUCGCCUGGCCGCCAUCAUGGAGUCCAUCCACAACACCGCGAUAGUCAUCGUUAAGUAAAGCCCUGCAUGAAACACCCGACAGCCUCCUCGAGCCGUGCGUCCGACCUGCAAGCAGCUUGACGGAUGUGUCGCUCCGUGCUGGCAGACUGUGGGGCUGAGACAGUGUGCACUUUUUAAUAAGCCAAAUUACGUGUCUGAUUUUAUCUGCUGGUUAAUCGCACAUGCAUAUCAUUUUAAUGUUUUAUCAUAGCACGCUCUAAGCACUGUAGAGGGGUCGAUAUGA